AUGAACUACCCUGGGGCAUGGGCAUACUCCAAUUCAACUACGAACUUAGGUUCAAAAGAUUUAUUCCAAGAUAUCAUUGAAUGCCCCGACAAUAAUAGAAACCUAGAGGAAGGUAUAUACAAUGAAAAUUUUGAAUCCAAAUAUUAUAAUAUCAAACAAACUGGAUCCUUCUUCCGCAAGGCUAAAAAACAACAUGCGUUUUCCAUAAUGCACUACAAUAUGCGCAGUUUGCAAAAAAAUCUGUCUAUACUACGAGAUUUAUUAGGUUUAAUUAAAGAAAUUCCUGACAUCAUAGCUAUUUCAGAAACCAAGUUAAAUGAAAAUAAUACAUAUAAUAUCAGUCUGCCCGGCUACGAAUUUAUACACACCAACUCGAAAACGUCUGCUGGAGGUGUAGGGUUCUAUAUUGCAAAUGGCAUAAACUAUGUCCCAAGGCACGAUUUAGAAAUAUCGAUAGAGGGAGUCGAGUCCAGUAUGUUUGAAAUUAUACACAAACGACAGAAGAAUAUUAUUCUAGGAUGUAUUUAUCGACAUCCAUCUAACGACCGUACUCAAUUUCAUGAGACGUUAGAGGCGACUUUGACGGAGCUAAAUGGAAAGGGAUAUGAAGUGUUUUUACUUGGUGAUAUAAACAUAAAUUUUCUUAAGUACAAUGUCGAUGCAUCGACAUCUGAAUAUCUUGAUAUGCUAUUUGGCAAAGGUUUUAUGCCAAUAAUUACUAAAGCAACUCGCAUAACAAAUCAUACAUCGACUCUAAUAGAUCAUAUUUACACAAACGUGCCACAAAAAAUACUUAAAUCAGGUAUAUGCGUAGUCGAUAUAACUCAUCAUUUGCCAAUGUUCUGCACUGUAGCAGAAAAGGUCUCGACAACUGUUGAAACACGAUAUUUUAGGGACUUUACUAACUUUAGGGAAGAUUUGUUUCUCAAGGACGUAAGUGAAGAAAAUAUCAAUUGUUUGGCCUGUGAUGAUGUGAAUAGAAGCAUGAAUAAAUUAGCGAGUAUACUACAAAAUAUUACUGACAAGCAUGUGCCAGUACGAAAAAUACCAUAUAAUAAAAGAAAGUUAAUGAAAAACCCAUGGAUAUCAAAUGCGAUUUUAAUAUCUAUAAAGAAAAGACAAGCUUUUUAA